AUGAAGACAAGCCUGGACCAGCUGAACCUGUCCCCUCCCCACCCCAGGAGCUCUGGGUUCGAAGAGAAGUGUGGGACCCAGUGCCUUCCAGUCUCACUGCCCUCAGACCCCGCUAAGCCCACUCUGGUCCCUUGCUGCUCCCACAGUGCUCUACGGCAGGAAUGUAUGAGGCAGCUGAGAACCCACAGCUCUCAGGCAGCAGCUGAAGAGAAUGAGGGGGCACCUGAUAUCAAAGGAGAGCAAGAACCAGAAGGCAUCCUGCCUGGUCCCUUGAGAGGACACUCCCCGGGACUCCUGGUCUGGCAAGCCUGGACUCACUGCCCCAGACUCAGCGGUGCCCCGGACCAGCCUCCCUCACACGCAGUCAGCUCAUCCCGGGCCGAGGACGGUCUGCUCCCGGGCAACGAUAAGGACCCGAAAGGCAUCGUACAGGCUUUAAGCAGAAGGAAGGAGAAGGGUGAGAUGCUAUUGCGGAGCUCGAUCAGCCACAAUCACAAUGCGGAUGAUGUGGGUUCUCCACUGCCCACCACCAGUGGCCAGAUCUGCUAUGUUGCCCACCUUCUGGAGUCGCCCAAGCAGACGUUCAUCUGGAACAAGGCAGGACAGUUGUUCUCCAGGAAACCCCUGCGGGGGGAAAAGCCCAAGGGAGGGUGA